GUGACAUUCCUUUUUGGUUUGCUCUGUUUGUUCCUGCUCUCUCUCUCUACUGCUUACUUUGGUGGGCCAAUGAGAGCAGAAAUCUCGUCGCUGCAAUGGCUUCUACCCCACCUCAAGAGCUCUCUUUCUUUUUACCUUUCAUCAAUCAUCCAAACUUGGCUCACUCACGGCAAUAAAGAAGGGGUGAUGAUUCAGAAUCCACUUUUACCUCCUUGAACCUGCUACCAUUGCCAAUGACAUCGCCCUGAAACAACAAUAAAAAAAAAAAAACACACACGAUGCCGGCCGCCAACCCGCUGCUCCCCGAGCUCACGCUCAUCGUGGCAGCCACCCAGCAGAUGGGCAUCGGCCGCAACGGCACCCUCCCCUGGACCGGCCUGCGCAAGGAGAUGGCCUACUUUGCGCGCGUCACCAAGCGCCUCCCACCUGCGCCGUCGCAACACCCGCACCAACAACAACAACACCCGCACCAACAACAACAACACCCGCACCAACAACAACAACACCCGCACCAACAACAACAACAAAGCACGGGGGACGGGCAACAACAACAGCAGCAGCUGGUGCAGAACGCCGUCAUCAUGGGCCGCAAGACGUGGGAGAGCAUCCCCGAGCGGUUCCGGCCGCUUCCGGGGCGGUGGAACGUCGUCAUCUCGAGGAAGGCGGCGGCGGCGGCGGCGCGGGGGGGAGGGUCGCUGGGGGCGCCGGGAGGGGAGGAGAAUCCGGUGAUGGCGGCGGGCCUGGAGGAGGCGCUGCGGUACCUCGGGGGCCGGCCCGGGGUGGGCCGGGUGUUUGUGAUUGGCGGGGCGCAGAUCUACCGGGCGGCGCUCGAGACGGCGCAGGCGCGGCGGGUGCUCCUGACGCGGGUGCGUACCGAGUUCGAGUGCGACACCUUCUUCCCCCUCAGGCUGGACGAGGCGAACGCCGAUGCUGAUGCUGCUGCUGCUGCUGCUGAUGCUGAUGCUGAUGCUGAUGCUGAUGCCGUCAUCGCCACCGCCGCCGCCGCCGCCGCCAAGGGGUGGCGGAGGAGCGGGCAGGAGGAGAUGGACGCCUGGGUGGGCGAGGAGGUACCCAGGGGGGUGCAAGCCGAGGCGGGGACCGAGUACGAGUUUGAGAUGUGGGAGAGGGUGGAUUGAUUGAUGAUGAUAACCAUGAGGAGAUGAUAGUAAAAGAAGAUGAUGAUGGGCUGGCGUGGUGGUGGUGGUACAUUGUAUUAAUCGUACACAAGCGGGGCGUUUCUGUUUCUCCCCCUCUCCCCC